AUGGACUAUCAUUUGGGUUCUCCGCAUAGGGGAGCUCAAGCUGAGUAUUGCUGCUAUCAACCCAAACUGACCGGAUCCCCCUCUACAUCCAGGACCGUUGGCUUUGAGUCGACUACCGCAUACACGAACAGAGGAUAUGCGACGACGCUGAAGAGCGAAUUCGGAUCCGUUCCGAGUUCAUCGGAGAGCCUUUUCGAUUUAUCAAACCCAUUUACCGAGGUUUUGACAAAAAUGAAUGAGAAAGAACAGCUCCAUGGGCUGAACGACCGUUUCGCAGGAUUCAUAGAGAAGGUGCGUCAUUUGGAGCAUCAAAAUGAAUUGUUUGUGAGGGAAAUCGAGGAAAUCAAACUAAAGGCACAGUCCCCUGCGUCUCUGGCCCAGGAGCACGAGCCGGAGCUUAUGGACCUGAGGAACCUAGUUCAUGACAUCACCCUUCAGAAGCGUCAGAUCCAGAUAGAGCAUCAGAACCUGGAGGAAGAUUUCCUCACCUUGAGAGACAAGUAUGAGCAGGAGGCACGUGACCGCUCCAACGCAGAGAACGGCAUCCUUGUGCUGAAAACGGACGCCAACGAUGCAUACCUCGCCAAACUUCAGUUGGACAAGAAAGCGCAGUCUCUGGUGGACGAGAUCCACUUCCUGAAGAAGAACCAUGAGGACGAGGUAUCAGAAAUGGUGGCCCAGAUCCAAGAGGCUCAAGUAACGGUCAAGGCGCACGACUUUGGCAAACCUGACAUCACAGAGGCUCUCCGGGACAUCCGUGUGCAGUUAGAAGGUCACGCCACCUCCGACUUUCAGCAAGCCGAGGAGGGCUUCCGUGUCCAGUUCACAAAGUUAACCAAAGCGGCAGAAAGUAACAGAGAGGCGUUGAAGGCAACCCAACAGGAGAUCCAGGAGAAUAGAAGGCACCUGCAGGGGAAAACAAUUGAACUGGACUGUGGGAAAGGAAUGAGAGAGGCCCUGGAAAAACAACUACAAGAGCUGGAGGAGCGUCACUAUGCGGAAAUGAUUCAUUACCAGGACACUAUCAGGCAGCUGGAGAAUGAGCUGACCAAUGCUAAACUAGACAUGUCUGGCUACCUGAGAGAGAACCAGGACCUGCUGAAUGUCAAAAUGGCUUUGGAUGUGGAGAUUCUCUCUUACAGGAAACUCAUGGAGGGUGAGGAGUCCCAUCUGUACACCAUCUCCGACACCCACAUCUCCAUGCCCUGCAUCUACCGCCAGUCCCCCGUCUACACCCUGCCUUGCCUGGCCCGGCAGGGAGGGCCCAUACGCAGGUCUGAACCCCAGUACAAGUUUGUUGAGGAGAUCAUCUCUGAGACCACGAGAGACAUGGAGAUGUCCGAGAUCGAGGAGACAGGCUCCGAGGAGACAGGCUCCGAGGAGACGGUCGGGGGAGAGGGAGACGAGUUGAGACAGAAGCAGGGAGAAGAGAGUGACAAAGCUGAGAGGAGGAGUGGGGGAGAGGAGGAUGAGGACAAAGAGAAAGCUAGAGGUAAAGUGGAUGUUGAAGUGGACGCCCCGGAGGAAGAGGGUGAACAGGAGGAAGAGUCUAAGAGACAGCAAAUAGUAACAUCAGCAGAGGUCGAGGUAAAUGGAGAUGGAGUUAGCCCUAGUGAGGGAGAAAAUGGAGAGGAGGGAGAUGAUGAAAGAGAGGAGGAAAAGGGGGGUGAGCCAGACGAAAUCAAAAAGACAGAGGACAUUGACAGAGGUGAAAAUACACAAAGUGAAGUCAAAUCAGCUGAGGCCACCAGUGAGGGAGAGAAGGAAAAACUGGACACAACAGAGAAGCUAGACAGCGAGAUAAAUGAGACAUUAGAAAAAUAUGACACCCCAAAUCAUGGCGAAUCCCAACCAGAGCAGAGUACCCCAACACUGGAGCAGAAACCUGAUCAGAAGGAGCACAGAGAGUCAGACCAACCUCAAGAGGCAGAGAGUGCUGUGACAACACAAGAAGAGGAUCUCCCUGAGCCCAAAGAGAAGGACAUGGAAUCCCCUGAUAACACUGCAGAGCUCAACAGCAGUUCAACCAAGGAGACAGUGGAGCAGGUGAAGUCACCUGAUGAUUCUGGUGUAAAAACGACACAAGAUGAGAGAACAGUAGGAGGUAAAAUGCCAGACAGAAUUCUCAGCACAACAAGUGAGUGUAAGGAAGAGUCUGUGCAAAAGACUCCUAAACAGGAGGUGGUUCCGACAGAGCAAAAAGUGAGCAGCAAGGAUGAUAGUGUAAAAUGUGUUGUGCAGAAUGAACAUAAUGGCAGUGAAAAGGUCACAAAAGAUGUCUCAAUGGGUGAGGAAAAGGGGAAAGAAUCUGAGACAUCCCCUAAACCCGACGCCACUGUCACUCCUAAAGAAGAAACAACCCUGCAACCAGAGCCAACUGUCAUCCCUAAAGAGGAGACAUCCCCUAAACCGGAACCCACUGUCACCCCUAAAGACGAAACAUCCCUAAAACCGGAGCAAACUGUCACCCCUAAAGAGGAGUCAUCCCCACAACAGGAGCCAACCGUAACCCCUAAAGAGGAGACAUCCCCUAAAUCGGACCCCACUGUCGCCCCUAAAGAAGAAACAGUCCCGCAACCAGAGCCAACUGUCACCCUUAAAGAGGAGAUAUCCCCUAAACCGUACCCCACUGUCACCCCUAAAGAGGAGACAUCCCCACAAAAGGAGCCAGUUGUCACACCUAAAGUAGAAAAUUCCCCAAAACCAGAACCAGCAGUCACCCCUAAAGUAGAAAAUUCCCCAAAACCAGAACCAGCAGUCACACCUAAAGUAGAAAAUUCUCCAAAACCAGAACCAUCAGUCACCCCUAAAGAAGAAACUUCCCCAAAACCAGAACCAGCAGUCACCACCAAAGAAGAAUCUUCCCCAGAACCAGCAGUCACCACCAAAGAAGAAUCUUCCCCAGAACCAGCAGUCACCACCAAAGAAGAUUCUUCCCCAGAACCAGCAUUCACCACUAAAGAGGAAACUUACCCAAAACCAGAACCAGCAGUCACCACCAAAGAAGAAUCUUCCCCAGAACCAGCAUUCACCACUAAAGAGGAAACUUACCCAAAACCAGAACCAGCAGUCACCACCAAAGAAGAAUCUUCCCCAGAACCAGCAGUCACCACCAAAGAAGAAACUUCCCCGAAACCAGAACUAGCAGUCACCACCAAAGAAGAUUCUUCCCCAGAACCAACAGUCACCGCAAAAGAAGAAACUUACCCAAAACCAGAACCAGCAGUCACCACCAAAGAAGAAUCUUCCCCAGAACCAGCAGUCACCACUAAAGAAGAUUAUUCCCCAGAACUAGCAUUCACCACUAAAGAGGAAACUUACCCAAAACCAGAACCAGCAUUCACCCUUAAAUUAGAAACUUCUCCAAAACCAGAACCAGCAGUCACCCCUAAAGAAGAAACUUCCCCAAAACCAGAUCUAGCAGUCACCCCUAAAGUACAAACUUCCCCAAAGCCAGAACUAGCAGUCACCCCUAAAGUUCAAACUUCCCCAAAACCAGAUCUAGCAGUCACCCCUAAAGUAGAAACUUCCCCAAAACCAGAUCUAGCAGUCACCCCUAAAGUACAAACUUCCCCAAAACCAGAACUAGCAGUCACCCCUAAAGUUCAAACUUCCCCAAAACCAGAUCUAGCAGUCACCCCUAAAGUUCAAACUUCCCCAAAACCAGAUCUAGCAGUCACCACUAAAGUAGAAACUUCCCCAAAACCAGAUCUAGCAGUCACCCCUAAAGUAGAAACUUCCCCAAAACCAGAUCUAGCAGUCACCCCUAAAGUACAAACUUCCCCAAAACCAGAACUAGCAGUCACCCCUAAAGUAGAAACUUCCCCAAAACCAGAUCUAGCAGUCACCCCUAAAGUAGAAACUUCCCCAAAACCAGAUCUAGCAGUCACCCCUAAAGUACAAACUUCCCCAAAACCAGAUCUAGCAGUCACCCCUAAAGUACAAACUUCCCCAAAACCAGUACUAGCAGUCACCCCUAAAGUAGAAACUUCCCCAAAACCAGAACCAGCUGUCACCGCUAAAGAAGAAACUUCCCCAAAACUAGAACUAGCAGUCACCACUAUAGAGGAAACUUCCCCAAAACCAGAACCAGCAGUCACCACUAAAGAAGAAACUUCUCCAAAACCAGAUCUAGCAGUCACCCCUAAAGUACAAACUUCCCCAAAACCAGACCCAACCAUCACCCCCAAACAGGAAAUAUCCCCUAAAUCAGACUCAACCCUCACCCCAGAAUCAAUGACCACCCCUAAACCAGACUCAACCUUCACCCCAGAAUCAACGACCACCCCUAAACCAGACUCAACCCUCACCCCAGAAUCAACGACCACCCCUAAACCAGACUCACCCCAGAAUAAUCAACCCACCCCUAAACCAGACUCAACCCUCACCCCAGAAUCAACGACCACCCCUAAACCAGACUCAACCCUCACCCCAGAAUCAACGACCACCCCUAAACCAGACUCAACCCUCACCCCAGAACUCAACCCUCACCCCAGAAUUAACGAACCCCUAAACCAGACUCAACCCUCACCCCAGAAUCAAACCACCCCUAAACCAGACUCAACCCUCACCCCAGAAUCAACGACCACCCCUAAACCAUACUCAACCACCCCUAAACCAUACACCCCAGAAUCAACGACCACCCCUAAACCAUACUCAACCCUCACCCCAGAAUCAACGACCACCCCUAAACCAGACUCAACCCUCACCCCAGAAUCAACGACCACCCCUAAACCAGACUCAACCCUCACCCCAGAAUUAACGACCACCCCUAAACCAGACUCAACCCUCACCCCAGAAUUAACGACUACCCCUAAACCAGACUCAACCCUCACCCCAGAAUCAACGACUAGCCCUAAACCAGACUCAACCCUCACCCCAGAAUCAACGACUACCCCUAAACUAUACUCAACCCUCACCCCAGAAUCAACGACCAACCCUAAACCAGACUCAACCCUCACCCCAGAAUUAACGACCACCCCUAAACCAGACUCAACCCUCACCCCAGAAUUAACGACUACCCCUAAACCAGACUCAACCCUCACCCCAGAAUCAACGACUACCCCUAAACCAGACUCAACCCUCACCCCAGAAUCAACGACUACCCCUAAACCAGACUCAACCCUCACCCCAGAAUCAACGACUACCCCUAAACCAGACUCAACCCUCACCCCAGAAUCAACGACCACCCCUAAACCAGACUCAACCCUCACCCCAGAAUCAACGACCACCCCUACAGAAGAGAGUGAAAUGAUGGGCAGUGGUGACAAAGCUAAGACAAUCACACCACCAGAGGAACAGAUGCCUGCAGUUGUAGAGAGCAAGGACUCACACAGGGGGGCGCCAGAAAGCAACACAACUCAGGAGAAACCAGAGGAACGUAUGGACAAAGAGCCUGAGAAGGAACCCAAAGAUGGAACCCCAAAGACAGAGAGCGUGAAGACCAAGGCCUCUGAGUUAAAACCUGAACAUGUUGAGAUAUCUAUUACAAAGACAUCACCAGUGAAAGAACAGGAUGUAUCAGCCGUGGGUUUGAAAGAUCAGACAGAUGAUGAGAAGAUAAAAGGACAGGCGCAAUUUAAAAUAGACGAGAACUGA